UUGUUUUCUCGCGCAUGUGGAUAUUUAUGUCUGUCUGUGGUCCGUUACAUUGUUUGAUCUCCGUGAUCCGGUCGGGACUUUAUUUUGUUCAUAUUUACAGGCUCUCAAUACUGUAGAUGUAACUAAACAGUCAGUGAUUGAUCGGAGUCUCCUGACGCUUGAUCCGUGAGAAUCAGCAAAUCCGAGUAUGAAGGAUAAACUCUGAAGAAAAGACACUCAGGAGCCUGUUUAUAAUGGGCUUCUUUCUUCAUCUUCAGGAAAUGAUUCAUAUUUAAAACACCAUGCCUCCAGUGACCUCUCAGGAACUCCCUCUCAACAUCUAUGUGGUCAUCUUUGGGACUGGGAUCUUUGUCUUUGUUUUAAGCCUGAUAUUCUGCUGCUUCUUUAUAAGUAAACUGAGACAUCAAGCUCGCAACGUGAGAGCCGGAUACAAGAUGGUUGUCUUUAAAGAUGAAACAACACGGUUACAUGCACACGGGUUAACAUGCGCAGUCUGUUUGGAGGACUUCAGGACAAAAGAUGAGCUUGGAGUGUUACCAUGCCAACACGCCUUUCACAAGAGAUGUCUGGUGAAGUGGCUGGAAGUCAGAUGUUCAUGUCCCAUGUGUAACAGCCCCGUCAGUGAUGCUCAGGGACAGACGCACAGCACAAACCUGCUGGAUGAACUGCUCUAACCUCGUUAAAGAUACUUCCAGGAAUAUUUCUACCCGAUAAUCUUGUACAAUUCAAACAAAAGGCCUUUAUUUAAAAAGAACUGCUGUUGUAACACAUCACUUGUAGUGUUCUGGUAUAAAAUGUGUGCAGAAAGCUUA